AACAGAGAGUUGAGGACAUCGAAAAAAACAAACAAAAUGGAUAAAAAACGGUGGAGCAGCGGAGCCACAAAACGUAAAGCUAAAAAGGAGAAGGAUAGCAGAGAGGUUUUAAUUAGGAGUAAUAUUCCAGCCAUCUCUACUUUUUUCAAAAGUUGGCUCGACGAAAAUAAAGAGCCUGGCGGCGCCGGCGCCUGCGGUGAUGCUGAGUUUAGCACAAUAUCCAGCUUUGCUAUUUUAGAUGAACCUGAGCAUCAGCACCAGCACCAGCACGACAAGACAGAGAACCCCAGCCCGCCUGGAGUGACAGACACCUAUUCAAAUGCCUCCCCACCACCACAGUCUCCGACUCCGCUUGAGACCGAAACCGAAGCAGGUGCUGAAGGCGGCAGAGACCCGGCGGUGACGUGCAUUACCAGUUUGACCGCCUCAAAAUAUAUUUAUAGAUCUCUUUUGCUGUCACAGUUAACAUCACAAGAAAUGGAGUUGGUGUUUUUGUUUUUAACUAAAGAAAAAGGAGGAAAGGAAAAAGAAAAAGAGGAGAGGAGGAGGAGGAGGGGCCUCCAAGAUUUUGUGCCCAGGGGCCUCUGCUUCCUAAAUCCGUGCCUGGAUGCUAUAGGUAAAAUGAUCAACACAUCGUGGACUUUCUCUUGGAUGGGGCAGCGUGUGGGCCUGCUGCUGUCAUGGUUCCAGAAAGCAGGAAGAGAAACAAACAAACUGGCCUCCAAUAAGAAGAAAGAGAGACUGCUGUCGAUAUUCGCCAACCACUGUAGUUUUGUGACGGGUCAGAGGUUGAGAAGGGCUUUUCAGAUUGGGGAGUUGUAUUCAAACCUGUACUCCGAGAGAACCAGGUGGACACUUGCGGGCAGCAUAUGGCGGCGGCUGCAGAGCAAACACGCUCCGGCGGGAAAACUCAUCGCUGCGCUGGCUGGAGACUUCAUGUGGGAGGAUGAGAAGAUCCGAGAUGAUGAGCUGAGGAGGUGUGCAUUGGAGCUGCAGGCAUUGGAGGGUGUGCGAAGCCAGAGUGGAGUCUCAAAGGCUGCUGUUGUUGUGGAUCCGGGAUGGGAGGUGGUCAUGGAAAAGAAAAACUUCAGAGUGUGGAGGAGGCCAAUCCAGGGUAGCCAUCUGUUUGAGUACAGAGUGUUUGGUUCAUACACUGAUGUCACCCCCCGGCAAUUCUUCAACGUUCAGUUGGACACAGAGUACAGGAAAAAGUGGGACGCAUUAGUUAUCAAACUGGAAGUGGUGGACAGGGAUGUCAACACGGGCACUGAGGUUGUUCAUUGGGCAACGCGUUUUCCAUAUCCUAUGUACUCCAGAGACUACGUCUAUGUGCGCCGUUAUCACUUUGAUGUGGAGAACAGCUUGAUGAUCUUGGUCUCUAGAGCCGUUAAUCAACCCAGUGUCCCAGAGACCCAGGAAUUUGUCAGAAUUAACUCUUACCAGUCUAAGAUGGUCAUCCGGCCACAUAGAUCUUUUGACGAGAACGGCUUUGACUACCUGCUGACUUACAGUGAUGACCCUCAGACGGUCUUUCCUCGCUACUGCGUCAGCUGGAUGGUAUCGAGUGGCAUGCCAGAUUUUCUGGAGAAGCUUCACACAGCUGCACUCAGAGCUAAAAACAUGGACGUAGAUGUCCAAGACUACGUCAGCAUUGUCAAACCUAUCCAAUCCACUCAAGAACGGCUAGGAGCUGACAACCCUCACACCGGAGGCCCAAGUCAGAUCUAUGCCUGAGUGUCUAGCCACAGGGAAUAGUGGAUGCUUGAAGUAUUUUUAGUAACAUGAAUAAUGGGACUGUGCUGGACAACUCAGCUGUUUGCCAUUUUGACCACACCUGCACUAGCUGUCUUACUAAGUGGUUAUGUUCUCAGUUUUUUUUUAGCUGUUUGUUUGCUUCCUCUUUCUGUGGGGUGCACAGAACCAAACUGCUGAGAUGAGCCGAAGUUACACAUAUAACAGAAGAUGCUUCUGCCAAAGCAGUAUUUUCUCCCACAAUUCUUUAUCUUAGGUCAUUAAAUCAUCAAAAUUAAGCAUGGUGUUGAGGUGCAAAAAAUAACGAGAUGAUAGGAAAAAACAUUAACAUGCACCACAGGCUUGAAUUUUAGGAAGUUGCUUGUGCACAAAGCAAUGUUUUUUUCUUUGUGGUUCUCCUUUCCAGCUUCUACUGUGAUGUUCUGCCCUUGGCAGCACCAGACUUAAUCACUGUUGCCCUCAUUUACUUUGCAUGAGUGUGUGUGAAUGUUCACUGCCAGUAAAACCCAAACAGCCUUCAUAGGAUCACGAGAACUCCUCUGGAAACAAAAGAGAGGUGUGUCUUAUGCCAACCGCAACAUCCUAACGAACAUGCUCAGAAUUGUGGGGGUUUGUGUGUCUGAGAAUCUUUGUUACACAUGUUUAUACUUAAAAAAAAAAAAAAAGGAAGAUUAAAAACCUUGUCGAAUAGUAAAUUGGUACAUUCAAACACAAUUUUAUAGAAACAUUGAAACAUAAAUUAAUAGGCUUAUUAAAGGAACAUUCUGGGUUCAUUGCAAGUUAAAAUCAAUCGACAGCAUUUUUGAUUAUCUAGAUUACCACAAAAAUAAAUUGACUCGUUGCUCCUUUUCUUUUAAAAAAGCAAAAUUUGGGAUUCCGUGUACUUACAAUGGAAGUGAAUGGUGCCAAUCCGUAAACAUUAAAACAUGUAAACAAUAUGCGUGUUAACAUCAUUUUAGUUUGAUAAAAUCACAUACUAACCUUUUCUGUUUAAAAGGUGUAGACAAAUUUACAACUUCGCUACCAUGACGAUGUAAUGUCAACAAACCCUAAAAUGAUUGAAAAUCACGAUUUAAGCAGCUUUACAGCUCAAGUAAUACAUGAGUUUUAACAGAAGAAUUAAUAUGUUAAGUGCUUUUAUAAAAUUAUAAGAUUCACAUUUCUAAAAUGUCCAAAGAUUUACCCCAUUCACUUCCAUUGUAAAUACCUCAAUGUAACCUUGAUUUUUGCUUCUUUUUUUUUUUAAGAAAAGGAGGAAUGAGUUGAAAUAGUUUUUUGUGUUAAUCAUCAUUGUGCCACAAAUUCUGUCAGUUGAUCUUAACUUGCAUUGAACCCGUAAUAUUUUUUAAUGCGGAUUACACAUCAUGCAAGUUAUAUUUUGACUUUGAAAAGUUGUCCUAAAUCAUGCUGAUAUAAAUCAGAAUGUUUGCUGUUUUGGUCUCCGUCCAAUUGUUUGACCUUUUGUCACACUAAUGUAUGUCAUUUUAUACCAGUGAUGUUGAAGUUACUGCACAUCAUUUUGCAUCAGACAAGAACAGAAUUUUAAAACAAGGUUUUGUAAAUCAUCUGAGGCAAUUUGAAGGUACACUGCAAAUAGAUUUGUUUUUAUUUUAUUUUAUUUAAUUUGUGUGUUUUGUUGUCGCCUUAUGAUGUCUGCAGCAGAGCAUUUUAAAAGGAAGACUGUUGCUUGUGGUCUAUUGAAUCCCAAGGUCAAAUUUUACUCUGAUGUUUUGUGCAUAUAUAUAUAUAUACAUACAUACACACUCUUGUAUAACAUCCAGAUGUCCUUUGUGUAAAUGAGGGUAGCACUUGAAAAUGGCAUGACACUUUUCUUGAAACAUACAAAACAGGAAUUGAAUAUAUAACAGAUUAUUAGAUGGGUUCCUGAACCUUUUAUUAAUAAAAGUAGCUAAUAAUAGGCAUUAUUUGGAAUGAUGGAAUUAUGAGUUACACUUACAAAUGGUCCCCACAAAUGGUCCCCUGAAAAGCCAGUCAUUUCUGCAAAAGGAUUCCCGACCAAGUAUUGAGAGCAUAACUGAACAUAAUUAUUUGAAGGUUGACUUUUUUUGUAUUAAAAACACUUCUUUUAUUGGUCGGAUGAAAUAUGCAAAUUUUUUGAGAUAGGAAUUUUGGGUUUUCAUGAGCUGUAUGCCAAAAUCAUCAGUAUUAAAACAAUAAAAGACCUGAAAUAUUUCAGUUGGUGUGCAAUGAAUCUAAACUAUAUGAAAGUUUAAUUUUUAUCAUUACAUUAUGGAAAAUAAUGAACUUUAUCACAAUAUGCUAAUUUUUUGAGAAGGACCUGUAUAUAUGUAUAUAUGUAUGUAUGUAUAUAUAUAUAUAUAUAUAUAUAUAAAAUCAAAGACAAUCAGUUGUUACUGAUUUCAGUAGCGUUUUUUGUGUUUUGCUGAUUUUAUAAACGUAUUGUCCACAAUGGUCAGUCAAUUUAUUUGGUUUAAAUAUUUUCUGCUCAUCUUUAUGUUUGUUAAAAGCAAACAUUGUAUUCAGAAAUGCACUUACAAUGAAAGUAUAAUGGGGCAAGUGCUUGAGUUGCAUUAUUUUCUGUGGUAAAAACUUGAUAUUUACCAAGGUUUAUAUGCAUAUAAAAAUACAAAUGUACAAAUCCUCCUGGAGUUGUGGAGUGUCUUAUAUCUUGGUUCUGUUUCUCAGUAAAGGGUUUAAAUAGGAGCAUCCUGAAUGUUUGGUUAUAUCCUUGCAUUCUAUAUCUUCGAUAUUCCUACACAUUCAUAAGAUUGAAGUUACAUGGUGUUUGAGAGUACUCCACUUAUGAAUUUAAAGUAUCUGAUGCAGUAAUAAAACGUGAAUCAAUUUAAUGCAUUCUAUAGCUUUUUUCACUUUUUCUACUAUCUAAAGUGUUCUACUGUAAUUUCAACUAAAUUAAAGUUGGAUUCGUUUAUGUAUGAAUGAGUAGGAAAUGUGAAAUCAGGAGCAUGAGAAAUUAAGUUUUUUGCUCCAAUGUGAAAAUAAUCCAUCCAAUUAAUUAAUU